UUUUUUGUUCAUUUGUUUAGCUAAAAUCUGUACGUGUGAGCAAAUUAAUCUAAAGAAUAUAACACUUGAAGUCACAAGAGAACAUAUAAAUUACCACAAGACAUUGUUACCUUUUGAACUAAAGAAUGGUACUGUAUAUACUUGUGCUAAAGUUUCAGUCAAAAACUUCGAAGAAAUCUACCUAAAUUAUGACAUUGAUAAUCCUGUACCUUUGGAUGAAGAAUAUCUAUUCAGCUCCUCGUUUAUCAUAUCGUACACCUGUUGUUGGAAGAACUUUACGACAAAUUACGGAUCAAGCUAUACAAGAAUUUAACGAUCCAAUGGAAGCCAUAGUUUGGCUUAGAAAUGAUAUUGAAAGCAUUGGAAUUACAUUAUUAUUGCAAUAUAGUCAAUUCACAGCAAAUACGAUGAAUCGCAUAUCAAAAGAACACGAAAAGUUUAGUCAUCAUUUUAAUGAGGCCUCUACAUUUUUUAAUUUUCUAUCAGAAAAGUUUAAAGAUUAUCGUUUACGUAUAAAAGCCAUUGAUGAAAUAAUUUCAAUUUUUAAUGAAUACAACCAAUCUCCAAAACUGGAAGAAGAUAAACAGAAAUUCUUUAAACAUUGCUGGAGUUUUUUAGAGCGUUUUAUAAGCCGUACAUAUUUGGUAAAAAAGCCACUUGAUGCUAUCAUAUUUAAAGUUUUAGAUAGUAUUGGUAGCUAUAAUAUGUCUACAUUAGAAGUUUCAAAUGUCGAUUUAGUACAAUUUCAUAACAAUAAGCUAGAUAGAUUUUAUUCUUACAUAGAAUUUAAUGCAAAAAUGUUAAAAGGUAAAAAGUAAAAUACAAUAUAGAAUUUUAAUGUUAGAUGAUAGUGUGCUAAUGUUCGUAAGAAAAUGUUUCCACUAUGCAUAUUGAUAAUUUUUAUUCCAUUAAUA